GGUCGAAUCGCCAUAGAAAAUCUCCUCCCUUUCUCCUCCCGACGCCAUCCCAUCCAUCACGCACGCAGCAGCAGCUGCAUCAAUGGCUGGAGCCAAAGCCGCCGCGCGCGGCAGUAAGCGCGUCGAGGCCACCGUCCUCAAGCGCUCCAGGGACGGCAGCGCAUUCACCAGAUGCGAGGCCUGCAACAAGGACGUCCCCGUCGUCCUCAUCGACAUGCACAGCUGCAGCCUCGACUCCAAGAUCAGGAUGACACUCGAGGCGCAGGUGGUGGAGAAGACCGUCGAGAUCAACAAGACCGAGCGCAAGAGGCCAGCGUCCUCGGCUGCCAAGGGGCACAAGAGCGCUAAGAAAGGCAAAGAUGAACCCAAGCGCAAGCGCUCGCCCAGUGCCUUCUUCCUCUUCAUGGACGACUUCAGGAAGGAGUACAAGGCCGCCCACCCUGACAACAAGAGUGUCGCCACCGUCGGAAAGGAAGGAGGGGAGAAAUGGAGGUCCAUGACCGAGGAAGAGAAGAAGCCAUACUUCGACAAGGUUGCGGAGCUCAAGGCUCAAGUUGACAAUGGCGAGGGCAGUGAUGAGAACGCUGUUGCUGUGGAAAAAAGCAAGGCAGAUGACGAGGAGGAGCAGGAGGUGGAUCAGCCAGCAAAGCCACUUCGAUACGAAAGCGAUGGCGAUGAGGAUGAGGUUGGCGACCAGAAAGAUGAGGAGAAGAACGAGUUGGAUGAUGACAUGUAGAUGGACGAGCAACUCUUGCCCAUUUUUUGUAAAUGGCAGAUGUAUGCGUCUAGCUAGAUUGUCACUGGUUUCAAGAGGGAUGGGGCUGUAGUGGUAGCAGCAGUAGUAGUGAAGAUCUCAUGUACUCCGAGGCUGUUGAUUGGGUGUCUUGCAGUCGGUGAUUCUGGGAAUGAAAAGCACAGUGCUAGCUCAUGUGGUUGUGGUGGUGAUACAUGAACGAAUUAUGAAUUCUAGUUCAUCUUGAGCGUCA